UGAUUCCUAAUUCGAAACGUCUCUAGCCACUGGAUUCAUCUCUAUCGCUCAAUUAAACGAUCCUGUUCUUCAAUCAAGCUAUGGGGAAGAAGAUGAGGAUAUUCGGCGACGGCAAGAUCAGGACGCCAUCGCCAUCGCCAUCGCCAUGCAUGCACCGCCGAUCGAGAAAACACCAGAAAUCGCACAAAAGGUUUCGUCAUUGGCAGCAAUUUGGGUGCCGGCGGUUCCGUCGUGGGAGAAGGAAUUCUGCUACGAAAUCGGGCGAUUCAAUUGGGCGAAUUUUGUGCAAGCGAAGAAGCAAACCGAACUCGCGCCGAAGAUCUUCGACUGGAACGACUCCGCCGCCGAGGAGGCGUUCCGCCGCGCGAAGGCGGCGUACUUCGCGCGAAUUCACGGCCAGCCAGUCGAUUUUCCCCAAUUAGGGUUCAUUCCCAGCCCUGAUAUGUACAUCGAUGAGAUCAAUUGGGAUAACAAUGGCGACGGUGAAGAUUAUUCGGAUUUGAACGCGGAUGAAUUGACGGAAUUCGACAAAAUUGCGGAUCCGAAACAGGAAAUUUUCUUGGAUUGGCGCUGCAUUCCGAUCGAGGACAUUAAGCCUACUGGUUGGGUUGUCAACGUUGAAAAAAACUCCAGAGGCAGAGACUUGACAGGGAUGAUCGUCGGGGGAUGAUGAAUCAAUUGAAAUCCUUACAGAUUCGAUCAUGAUCAUCCAUAAAUAAAGGAGUUACUCAUUGAUUUUUGACAUGGCCAUAUUUGAAUAUGGUUCAAAUGUUUUGCAACGGAAUGAGGAUGACAAUGUAAAGGAGCUAGAGCAGAGCGGCACAUGGAUCAAUGUAAGUUCCACAACUCCUAUAUAUAUAUAUAUCAAUAUAAUCACAAAUAAAUAAAUAAUACAAAAAACUAGCAUACAUAUGAAGAAGACAAGUCUAGUACUUUGAUUAUGGAAAUACUAGUAUUAGAAUCCAGCUUUCUCAUGUCAUUGAUAAAAAAUUUGCACUUUUUUUUUUUUUUUUUUAAUGACGUGAAAACCCGCAGUCGCUACCGAAAAUGCAAAAUUUGUACUUUGAUUUAUGGCCCUUUUGACUUAUAAUUUUUUUUUAAUUAGUUACGUUGUAUAAUAUGUUGUGGGGCCACCUUUUAUAUAUAUAUAUAUUUAUUUAUUUAUUGCUAAUGCAAAAAAUUGACCACCACUAAGCAGCAGUUUAAACAUCAAAAUCAACCAAAGCCGGGAGUUAAACACAAGUAUUCUCAUGCAUGUUUUUUUUAGUACAUGAGCCUUUUUGACUUCUCUAGUCUUAGGGUGUGUUUGUUUGAGAUUGAGAUUUGAAUAGUAAAAAUUUUGAAUUAGAAUAGUUGUAUGAUGUGAUAUAAAUAGACGUUGAUGUGAUGUUUUGAAUGUAAAAUUGAUUUUAGUAUAAUACAACAAAUAAAAAAUAAGUGUUUGAUUUGAUAUUUUUGGAAGAGAAAAAAUUGAUGAAUAGUGAAAAUCUUUGAGAAUCCUCCAAACAAACACACCCAAAUUAAUUUAUCUAUGUAACAUACAUGAUAUUAUCUAUAUAUAUAUAUAUAUAUAUUAUCUUUAUAUGUUUUCGAAGAAU